AUGUCAUCUAUAGUAACUACUAGUACAAUAUCUGAUGAACCAUUUACAACUGUACUUGUCUCAGCUAUACCUAAAUCAUUUCGUUCAGCUGAUUUACGAAAUUUUUUUUCAUUAUUUGUUGAAACACAAGCUUUUCGAUGUUUUCAUUUUCGUCAUCGGCCUAUGCCAACAUCAUCAACCAAUGCUGUUAGUGUAUCACAAAUGUGUUUUAUACAAGUUUAUAAUAAACGUUUAAAUGAAUUUAUACGUCUUUAUCAUCGAAAACAUUGGAUUGAUUUAAAAGGCAAUUAUUUAUCAACGAUUUGUCUUAUUAGUAAAGUUACAAAUGAGGAUAAUGAUCCAGCAAUAACAAAUAAUUUAAUUGAAUUGAAACCUCCAAAACAUAUUUAUCCACAAGGUAAUGUUGGAACGCCAACUUCAUACUUUCUUAACGAAAUAAAUGCAUGUCGAUUACCAUCGACUAUUAUUAAAAAAUUGGGACUUGUUUUUCCUAAAUGUCGAUCAAAACGAAAAUAUGGUUGUGUUGGUUUUGAUUAUGGUACCAUUAUUGAUCAAAUUGAUGAAGAAGAACAAGAAGAUAUGGAUGAAAUGGAUUUAAAAACUGGUCAAGGUCAUGAAAUUCUUUCUGAACAAGAUAAAACAAUACUCGAUAAGAUUAAUAAACAAAAGGAAGAUGAUGAACGCAAAAACGAUGAAAUAUUAAUAUCAAAUGAAGAUAAACAACUUGAUGAAGAAGAAGAUGAACUUGAAGAAUGGGAUCGACAUGAAGCACAAUAUGAUGAUGUUACAAAACAAGAUCGAACAUCACCAUAUUUUUUUGAACAUAAAAUUGAGUUAAAAUGGGAAAAAGGUGGUAGUGGUUUAGUAUUUUAUACAGAUGAUGUCUUUUGGAAAGAACAUGAAGGUCAAGAUUUUGAUAAUUUGGAUAUGGCUGAUGACAUAGAUAUUGAUAUGCGAAUGUAUCAUGAAAGUGCAGGAUCAGCUGAUCGUGAUGGAAAUGAAUUACAAAGUAUACGUCGAGAAGAAGAUCUUCGUCAAGGUCGUAUAUCGAAUGAAACUGAUCCCGAACAUAAACGAAUUGGUGCAUUUGAAAAACAUACGAAGGGAAUCGGACGACGUUUAUUAGAACGAGCUGGAUGGCGUGAUGGUCAAGGUCUUGGUUCAUCUGUUAUAGGUAUAAGCGAAGCAUUGUCAGCUGAUGGUGGAAAGUUAUCGAUAAAAGAUAAAACCGGUUUAGGAUAUACAGGUGAAAAAAUAGAACGAAAUCCUUUUAAACGAAUUGCUACUGGCACUCAUCAACGACGAGGAGAAAUACAUAUUACUUCUGUAUAUGACGACCCAGAAGAAACUGAUCCAGCUGAACCACAUAAUCGUCGAUGGGACACAACGAGAAAUAAGAAUCGACCGCGACGAAUAAAAAAUGUUUUUGUAAAACCAUAA